UCGAUCGAGAUCUUUUUACCCCAGAUUUUAUGUAUGCAUGGCUACCGGCAAAAUGCAGAACUGUUUCGGGAGAAGACGGGAGCUUUUCGGAAGAAAUUGAAAAAGACUUGCGAUUUUGGUGAGUUUCCGCAUCGUAUAAAUAAAUGCCUCAAUCGUAGCAAUGGCUGGUGGUUUUCCCGUUCGGACAACUAUUUCAGAGCGCAAGAUCAAAGUGAUUGUGAUGAAGGCUUCUCGGAAUCCUUGGAAGCGUUAAAACAAACGAUCGAACAAGAGGGACCAUUCGACGGUGUUCUGGCUUUCAGUCAAGGGGCUGCAUUCAUGCUUCUGGUUCAGCUUUUGUUGAAGAGUGGACAGUUUGGUAAGGGAUAUGUUUGA